CUCUUUCCCUUUCCCUCUCCCCUUCCAUCUCCCUCUCCUUCUCCUUUUUUUCCCUCUCCCUCGCCGUUCUUCUUUUCCCCUUGGUGUUUCUUCCUUCUUCUGCCUUUCUACACCACCCAAAGAUUGAGCUGCUCUAAAGGAAAAGCCGACCUAGAACGGCGUAGCCAGGGUCUAACCGGCAUAUUCACGCACUUCUCUUCCUCGCUCCCUGCUCACUCAAUCGAUUUUUUAUUUUUUCGCUGCGUACUUUAAAAGCUCCCUGCACCUGUUUCGUCGUAUGCCACCAUACCCCAUUGCCUGUCUCAAUGGGCAGUACCUGCUGUUUGAUUUAGAGGCAGUCAAAGAGUUUCGGUGUAAAUAUGGCAUUCUAGGCAUGCUCACGGGCACGCUGGCCCAACUGCCUCAGCAAAACGUUUUUCUUGGUCUACCGGUACAGUUGAUGAAUGAAGAGGCCUACUACCUUGUCAAACACGGCUUGGCCUACCUUGUCGACGACGUUGCGUCCCAUGAGUCGACUCGCGCUGAAAUUACAAAGUAUCAUGUCGAGCAAGUUCACACACAGCGUCGCGAACUCGCCCAAGAACAGCAUACCGAGAACAACCGCCGUCAGUACGAGAAGAAACGUCUUGCAAUGCAAAAGCUUGGCCGUCCUCCUCCUCCUGAACCGUCACCGGCCGAGGACAGACGCUCCGACUUGCUCAUGGUCCCCGUUCGUACUGCUUCUAACCGCGAACUGUACGCUCCUCAAGACUCUCACAUAUUUCCCGAAGUCGAGAUGAAGCGCUAUCAUGCGUUCGAGUACCUGCUUGCGCGAAAGUUUUGCCUGAACCCGGGCCUCCGCUUUGGAUGCCAUUUUGUUGCGUACCCAGGCGACUCUUUGCGCUAUCAUUCGCACUACUUGGUAAACAGUUACAACUGGAACGAAGAGGUUCCCGUCGUGAACAUCAUCGCCGGUGGACGUUUGGGCACCGGUGUCAAAAAGGCCUGGCUCAUGUGCGGCACAAAAUCGUCCUCCUCAAAACGUAACGACACCGCUUCCACCCGCUGCUUCAGCGUGGAAUGGGCGGGCUUUGGCUAACAAACAACUCGCACGCUUCUCGGCCUGCUACUCAAAUACAUUAUACCUUUUGUUCCCUAAAUAGAUUCCUUUUUUUUUUAUUAAAUGAAAGAAUGAAAGUAAAAACAAAAAUGCUUCUAGCUCUUGCCCCUUUCUUAAUAAC